UUGAAGGCCGCCGGCAUGCAGCGCAGCGUGUCCGCGGCGGCCGCGGUCGCGUGCCUCGUGGUGCUCGCGGUGGCCCCCGCGCUGGCGGGCCCCGCCGCCCCCACCGACUACCCCACCGACGCCCCCACCGACGCCCCCGCCACCACCACGCCGGGACUGGACCUGCUGCUGAUCCACACCAACGACAUGCACGCCCGCUUCGAGCAGACCAACAGGUUCUCCAGCCGCUGCUCCGACGCCGAGGCGGCCAGCAACUCGUGCUACGGCGGCUACGCCCGCAUCGCCGCGCACAUCAAGGAGGCUCGCGGCCAGGCCAAGAACGGCGGCCCCGCCGUGCUGGUGCUCAACGCGGGCGACACCUUCCAGGGCUCCUUCUACUACAACAUCUUCAAGUGGCGCAUGGCCGCCGUCCUCACCAACAUGCUCGCGUUCGACGCCAUGUCCCUGGGCAACCACGAGUUCGACGACGGCGAGGCGGGCCUGGAGCCCUUCCUGCGCGACGUGCGGGCGCCGCACGUGUGUGCCAACCUGGACGCCAGCGCCAACCCGCAGAUGCAGCAGCGCGUCCGGCCCUCCGUCGUCCUGGACGUCAACGGCACCAGCGUCGGCGUCGUCGGCUACGUCACGUCCGACACGGCGCUGCUGGCCAAGCCCGUCCAAGUCAAGUUCCUGGAGGAGAUCGCCGCCGUCAAGGCCGAGGCGCAGCGCCUCCACGAGCAGGGCGUCAAGAUCAUCAUCGCCCUGGGCCACUCGGGCUACCCCAAGGACAAGGAGAUCGCCGCCCAGGUGCCGCACGUCGACCUGGUGGUCGGCGGCCACAGCCACUCGUUCCUCUACACUGGCCCCGCACCCGACAACGACGAGCCGGUAGGCCUGUACCCGACGUUCGUGAAGCAGCCCUCUGGCCGCGAGGUGCCCGUCGUGCAGGCCUACGCCUUCACCAAGUACAUGGGCCGCCUGCGCAUCCAGUUCGACGCGGACGGCGAGAUCGCCUCCAGGAAGGACGUCCGGGGCCUGCCCGUGCUGCUGGACCACACCCAGCCGCAAGAUCCACAGGUGCUGGAUGAGCUGGAGCAGUGGAAGAAGCAGCUGGACCCCGCGACGUUCGAGCCCGUGGGCAGGACGCUCGUCUUCCUGGACGGCGUGUGCAGGAUCAAGGAGUGCAACCUGGGCAACCUGGUGGCGGACUCCCUGGUGUACUACCGCGCCACCCGCUACUCCGGGCCGGGCUGGACGGACGCGCCCAUCGGCGUGCAGAACGGCGGCAACAUCCGGACCUCCGUGGACAAGGUGGGCGACGGCACCAUCAACCUGCUGAACGUGAUCGAGACGUGCCCCUUCGAGAACCUCCUCGUGGUCGUGUACCUCCGCGGCGACGUGCUCCUGCAGAUGCUGGAGCACAGCGUCGCCGAGUACGACCUGCAGUACCAGAAGGGCGCCUUCCUGCAGUACUCCGGCAUCCGCGUCAUCUACGACCUGACGGUGGCGCCCGGGCGGCGCGUCGUGUCGGCGCUGGCGCUGUGCGGCAACUGCACCAUCCCGUCGUACAGCCCCGUGGACCCGCGCCAGGUGUACGGCGUCGUCACCAACGACUUCCUCGUGGCCGGCGGCGACGGCUUCAAGAUGCUCAAGGACGCCCCCAGCCUGUCCUUGGCCGACGUGACGCCGUACGGCGCCCUCGCCGAGUACAUCCGCAUCCACAAGGUGGUGGCCCCCGCCGUGGAGGGCCGGGUCGGCUUCCUGGACCGGAGAAAGAAGCCGAUGCCCAAUGCGGCGUCGACGGCGCUGCCGCAAUCCAGUUUAUUAUUAGUGUUUUCAUUAAUGUUAUUAUUGCUAUCGACGAAUCGGUAGCAAUGGUUGGUCUAGAUAAUAAAUAAAUAAAUACUUUAAUGUU